UGAAAGAGUGUUCCUAAUUUUUCACUCCCGUUUCAUCUCUCUGCCGUCGUAUCGUAUCGCCGCCGCUGGUCGCCUUCUUUCAUCGGUCGCAUGAUGUAAAUAUUGAAUUGAGAUUGUGAUCGUUAAUGAUGGAACUCAUCUAUGGUUGUAGAGUGUUUUGAAGUGAAGAAAAAAAUGGGAGACAAGAGGAAGAAGACGUUCAUGUUCAUCCGUCUUGUGUCAGCUGCUGGAACUGGGUUCUUUUAUGUGAAGAGGAAGAGUACUAAGGGACUUCUUGAGAAGCUCGAAUUCCGUAAGUACGAUCCUAGAGUCAACCGUCAUGUCCUCUUCACUGAGCAGAAGAUGAAGUGACAGGGAUUAAAAACUCUACAUUCCAAUACUAGUAGUUACUUCUUAUCAGAUCAAAGAACUUGUCAGGUUGAGUUUUGAGGUUUAGACUUUGUAAGUUUCAUGUUUUCAUUUACUGUCUCAGGGUUUAUUAAAAAAGCAAAAGACUCUUAUCAUCAAAAUCUUGCUGUCAAAGAAUGACUAAUUGACACAAA